GCACACCGCACUGUGGUAAAAUCCCAGACUUUUUUCAAGCCAUUUCCUCAAGUGACGACUUGCUAAACUGUCCAAGUUCAGAGUCUGUUUUGUUUUUUCGUAGCUACCAAAAUCUUUUACUGACAGGAACAUAGCAUCUACUCCAGCUCAUCAUGAAGAUCCAAGCGUGCCUGCUGCUGCUUGUUGUGUUCACCCUGGUUUGGCAGUCCGAUGGGUGGUGGUGGGGCCGUCGCAGGCGAAGUAGCUCGACGAACAACUGUCCUGGCCGUCCCGCCCUGCCCAGCUAUGUUACCUGGUCGGGCUGCAGCGCCCCCUACAGGCACAGAGAGAAGUGCCGCUACAGGUGUCAGCCUGGCUACACCCGAGUGUCCGGCAGCACCACCAGGACAUGUUCUAACGGAGUCUGGACAGGCUCCAGUCUCGUGUGUAGGAGAGAUCCCCGUCCAGCACCGACCUACAGUAAAUGCAUCGGCCAGACUCGCUCAAAUGUCCAGUCUAUUCCGCUGUACGGCCCACUGUCCGGCCCAAAGGGCUCUGGGCCAGUUGUCAACGGGGAUACUUCCUGUAACAACCAUCCACGCUCAAGCAACUCAGCUGGAUCCGCCCCGUUCUUACACGGCAGGUCCCCCUUGUUCCGCCGCCGCCGCCGUGGUGUGAGGCCGGUGUUCCAGUGGAGCCCCGUUCACCGCGUCCUGCUGUUCCGCGGCGAGGUCUUCGAGUGGGGCGUCGGCUCCAAAAAGGAGUCGUGGGAAGGCCUGCGUUGUCCGUCUGAUUGCGCUGUCACAUGGAGGAAGUCCGCGGCAGGAUACAGCACCUGCACCCGAGAACAGGCCGAGUUCUUCGCCCGAGAGUACAAGUCUCGCUAUGGGUCAUACAGACUGUUCACCAACAACUGCCAUUUCUUCGUCAACCGCCUGAUGAGGUACCUGGACUCGGGCUGCACCAGAAUGCCGUAGGGAGUCGGGAGACUUCGGCAUUCUUCGGCACGUUUUGGCCCGACAGUAUCGUGUUUCAGACGCUGAUGUUUGCACUUAGAAUAUGCAAACAAGAGUCCGCAAGAAUGCCAGAUACAAUACUUAUAAGUUCAUUAUUCUAUUUUGUGCUCAAAACACAAGGCAAGUAGAUAAGACCCAAUUUGUAUGCAGAGGAAUAUAUAAUUGAGCAGGAGAAACCUUCAACAAUGACAAUUGUCAUAACGCUAGCGUGUGUCUGAAGUUAGGAACUUUUUAAACUUUUCCUUACUAAUCUAGUUAGCCUGAGUACCAUUCUCCGUAGUGACCACUGGCUCACUACUUUCGCUUGAGUACCAUUCUCCGU